CAAGUACUUCCGUGACAGCGUUGAUUGCAACUCUGUUCCUAUAUAUAUAUAGGAAUGAUAACGAAGAACACCUAACCAACGUGUCAUGUAAGUAUAGAAGGGAGCUUUUAAAUAUAUCCGAUUUCCGCACACCCCUUCUAUCCCGCGUACAGUCAUGAUUCAUAUCGAUCCGCUUGCGAAGCUGCCCAACCUUUUGGAUGUCACCCACACAAGACUUUUUCUCGGUGCAGCAGCUAGCGCCGUAGCCUUAACGAUCAUCUUCAAGCAGCUCACCGUGAAACAACCGAAGCUCGUAACGGACUACGCGAAAGUAGCGAGGAAACUCAAUGAUAACGGACUCGAGUUUGACGAAUGGGACUUCAUAAUUGUUGGAGGAGGCACAGCAGGAUGUGUUCUGGCAUCACGUCUCUCUGAAGACCCGAACCUGCGGGUUCUACUUAUUGAGGCCGGUGGAAGCUCCAAAGAUGUCGUAGAAAGUAAGAUUCCUUCUGGAUUCUUACAACUAUUCCGCACCCCACUGGACUAUCACCUUUAUACCGAACCCCAGCAGCAUGCAGGAAACAAGAAAAAAUAUUGGCCUCGCGCCAAACUCCUUGGAGGAUGUUCCGCUAUGAAUGCUAUGAUGGCACAAUAUGGUGCACCGUCCGAUUUCGAUGAGUGGGCGGAAAUUGCUGGUGAUAAAUCCUGGUCGUGGGCCAACUUCAGCAAGUAUAUUCGCAAAUUCGAGAAAUACAACCCAGACCCGCGCUUCCCACACGUUGAUCCCCUCCUUCGCGGUGCCAAUGGGCCCGUUGAGAUUGGAUACAGCGCACACAUCUGGCCUGGCUGUGCAGGCUUUGUCCAGGCGAGCAUGAACGCCGGGAUCCCUUUCUCGCCUGACUUCUGCACGACCAAAGGGACGAAGGGGACCAAUAAGGUGUUGACGUACAUUGAUAGCAAGAGCACUCGUGUGACUGCGGAGUCUGCGUACCUCACUGAUGACGUCCUUGCUCGUCCAAAUCUGACAGUCGUCACCCAUGCCCGUGUCACUAAGGUCCUCUUUGACACCUCCAGUGGCAUCCCGCGUGCAACAGGUGUUGAGUUUGCCAGCAAAUCUGAUGCGGGCAGAGUUGGACCCAAGUUCCAUGCACGAGCGACCAAGGAGGUCAUCGUCUCCGGCGGCGCCAUACACUCUCCGCAUAUCUUGAUGCUUUCUGGCAUCGGACCGGCUGACCAGCUUUCACGUCACAACAUCCCAGUAGUGCUUCACGCUCCCGGCGUCGGUGCUAACCUCUUAGAUCACCCAGCAAUCCCUCUUCGGCUUAAAGGAAAGACAGGAAAGUCAUUCAACCAUCUUAUGCCUCACGACAUGCGCACGACGUGUCUGUUCAUGCGAGACUUGCUGCGAUAUCAAGUGUGGGGCACUGGCCCGCUCGCUUCAAACAUCUCCGAGGCUGUAGCAUUUUUCCGAUCAGACGAUUCUGCGCUCUUUCCGCCCGCGGAGUACAAGCAUGCCAUCGAGGACGCCAAUUCAGGACCAGACGCGCCUGACAUCGAGCUCAUCAUGUGUACCGGCGCAGUUCGCUCUCACACCGAAUUUCUCGGAAAAACUUUAGAGGCAUAUCAAAUCCUUAUUGUUUUAUUACGUCCCACAAGCAAAGGAUCACUCUUUCUUAAGUCUGCCGAUCCUUGGGAUAACCCGCUCAUGGACCCUAGCUAUCUCGAGACCAAGCACGAUGUUGAUGUGCUUGUUCGAGGCAUCCGUGCUGCCUUCAAAAUCGCACACACAGAACCCAUGCCCACCUCUGUCACCGACGUGCACAGCACGCACCCUGGGCUUGAUCAUGACUUCUCUCGUCUCAGUGAUGGAGAACUUGCUGAUAUUGUCCGGGAUCGCGUGGAGACGCUAUAUCACCCAGUAGGGACAUGUGCGAUGGGUCCUGGUGGCGUCGUGGACUCGAACUUGCGUGUUAAUGGCACUCAAGGUCUCCGGGUGUGUGAUGCGAGUGUUUUCCCCAAGUUGGUUUCAGGACACCCGACCGGUGCGGUUAUUGCGACAGCAGAGAAGCUGGCGGAUGUUAUCAAGGCUCAGUAUUCAUGAAUUGGAGGUAUUACUGAUCAUCAGGACAUCACUAUUACUACUUUGAUCAUGGAUGUGUACUCUCU